AUGGGCAGAUCUAAACCCCGUACUAACAAACGACCUCCUCCCAAAUCCCGCCUUCCUACGACUUUACCAGCAUUACCAUACCCUAAUUCCGAACCCUCUGAAUCCACUUUCUCAACUGCCCUUUCCAACUGGUCUGCCAAUGCUCUCGGUCGACUCGACAACAUACCCAAACUCACACAAUCCCAGCUCACGGCACUCACGGGUGCAGCUGCAGGCAUUGGCGAGGCUAAUUUCUUAGCAAACCCUGCCAACAUCCCUCCGCAAUCUUACAACCCUAAUUUACCGAUCGAUCUUCCUGCAAGUCUCGCUGCUCUAUUCGAGGCUAAACUCACAUUAGAUAGGGAGAAGGCAAAGCUGCUGAGGAUGCAGCAAGAGCUAAAAGGCCAAAAGGAGGAACAGGAACGUCCAAAGGGGAAAGCCGUAGCUGUAGUAGAGGAGGAAUGUACUUGCGGAAGGAGCCACUCGUACCCACCGUCUGAGCAUUCCGAAUGUGAAUACGAGUGCGAGGAAGAUUGCGAUUGCGACUGCCAUUCGUAUAUCGACGAGUACGAUCAUACCUGUGAUCACGAGUAUGAUGAACAGGAAGAUCCACCGAAGAGACCCCUGGCAGAAGAUCCGGAAAGACUAGAUGAGACAGUACGUGAAUUAUUCAAUUGGAUAAAAGCUGUGGUAUGGACAAUAGAGCAAGCUGCGAUAGUAUCAGGACGGCGGAACUGGAGUCAACCGAAAUGA